GACAAGUUUCCGCGGCCAAACCGUAACCAAAAUCAUAAAAAAAGAAAAGAGAAGAAACAAGCAACAAACUAUUUUGAAACAAACAGUACGCCCAUGGCUUCUCCAGCUUCCACUUAUGCUCGAACUACAUGCAUUUGUUUUCCAAAAAUCCAAAACAGCAUGCAGUUCAUUGACAGGAUGGGAGCAUUUAGAAAUAUAACGAGAAGAAGGGUGAGGCUUAUUCACGCAUCACAAGGUCCAACAAAACCAUUGCCUGGAGUAGACACAAGAAUCCACUGGGAAAACCCGGACGAUGGGUGGAUAGGUGGAGGAUCCGACCCGAUCAAACCUGAUGAUACCAAUCUUUUCAGUGAUGACAAAUUUGCUGAACUAAUCAAAGAUUCUUUUGAUUCUCAUUACCAAUUCUUGGGUGUUUCCACGGAUGCUGAUCUUGAAGAUAUAAAAUCUGCUUACCGGAGAUUAUCGAAAGAGUAUCAUCCAGACACAACUUCAUUACCACUUAAAACAGCUUCAGACAAGUUCAUGAAACUAAAAGAAGUCUACGAUGUUUUGAGCGACGAGGAGAGUAGGAGAUUCUAUGACUGGACACUGGCUCAGGAGGUUGCUAGUCGUCAAGCUGAGAAGAUGAGAAUGAAGCUUGAGGAUCCGAAAGAGCAAGAAUUUCGGAAUUAUGAAUCUAUACCCGAUAUGGUUGAUCGGUUAGGUGGAAGGAACAUGGAGCUUAGUGAUCAAGCCAUGACCGCUCUUACGUUCGAUGUUUUGAUCAUUGUAUUUGCCGUUUGUUGUAUAGUGUAUGUGGUUGUCUUUAAAGAUCCUUAUUACUAGGUAAGGAGCUAUAUACAGGGAAGAUGAAAUUCAGGGAAAUCUGUAUAGGUGGAAAAUGGAACAUUUAUAGAUUAUAACAUAAGCUGGUUACAAGCGGUC